AUGUCUGAACUACCUGCUCUCAGCGCGGCUGAUGUCGCAGCGCAUUCCACCAGAGAUGAUCUUUGGGUCAUAAUCCAAGGGAAAGUGUACGAUGUUACCAAAUAUGUGCGAGAUCAUCCGGGUGGCGCAGAUGUCUUGAUCGAUGUUGCUGGAGCAGAUGCCACCGAGGCCUACGCAGACGUUGGCCACUCUGAGGACGCAGAUGAGAUCCUCAACAGCUACCUCAUUGGCAUCGCAGCAAAUCCUGAGAAGUUGAAGCGUUCGAAGAACGUCAAACUUGUACAACAAGCACCACCGACCGCUGUGGCAAAGAGCGAUUUCGUAUCAUCAAGCGUUGUGAAGACGAUCGCAGGCUCUCUGGCGCUCGCUGGUGUUGUCUACUGCGCAUCCACAUACGGUCCAUCGCCACGCAUUCUCUUUUCUAAGUUUUCCCAGUUGCCAAGCUCGUCGUUGUCCAGCGGCAACAAUGCUUUCGUGGGUGGUUUUGCGGUUGCCAGCGUCAUCUCCGCAACCGGCGCGACUGUUGUCGCAAAGCAACUUGCCAAGUUCACCAAGAUAGACUCCGGAUUCACAAAAUAUCCUCCGCGUCGGAAGCAGUGUCAAUACGUCAAGCCAGCCAACCCACACCUGGCAAGAGGAUUCCUGGAUGCCAAAGAAUUCAAGCCGCUGAAGGUCGUCAAGAUUGACCAAUUGUCGUCGAAUGUUUUCCGAUACAGCUUCAAGCUCCCCAAUCCUAGAGAUGUUGUUGGUCUGCCCAUUGGUCAGCACGUUGCCAUCAAGGCCACGAUCGACGGCAAAUCUGUCACUCGAUCAUACACUCCCACUUCGAACAACCUCGACACUGGCCUCUUGGAGCUGGUGAUCAAGGUUUACCCAGAUGGCCAACUCACAGGCAAGUUCUUUGCAAACCUGAAGGUUGGAGACGAGGUCUUGUUCCGCGGGCCCAAGGGAGCCUACACCCACACAGUCGGACAAUGCAAGAAGAUUGGUAUGAUUUCUGGUGGAACUGGUAUCACACCCAUGUAUCAGCUCAUCCGCGCCAUCUGCGAGGAUGAGUACGACACCACAGAGGUCUCUUUGAUUCUGGCCAACCGAUCCGAGGAGGACAUCCUCUUGCGUAAAGAGCUGGAGACAUUUGCUAGAAGAUACCCCAAGAACUUCAAGCUCUGGUACAUGCUGGACAGCCCACCGGAGAACUGGGCCUACGGCAGCGGCUAUGUAACGGCAGAUGUGAUGAAGGAGAAGCUGCCUGCGCCGGCACCGGAUACGAAGAUCAUGCUUUGUGGGCCCCCAGGGAUGGUGAAUGCAUCGAAGAAAGCACUGGCGACACUAGGUUUCAAGACACCAGGAGCUGUUGCAAAGAUGUCAGACGAGGUUUUCUGUUUCUAG